AUGCCGCCUGCGGUCCCACAGACUCCUCACAAGGAUGACCUGACAGAAACAUGGUCGUUCUUGGAGUCGGGUAUUGAUAGCGUCAUGCUGAAGCUUGACGAGGGAGUUGACAUGAAGACUCUCAUCCAUAGGGCCGUCCACAACUUCUGCACGUCACAAAAGGCCGUCGCCAGCAACCAAGGCCUGCAAGCUCACCGCGGAGGUUCGUCUCUCUCUGCGUCCCCUACUGGAACCCCCUUUUCAACCCCAAGUGAAAGCAUUUUCACCGAGCAGAAUGGCAAACUAAUCAGAGAUCAAAUAUCAUCAGCGCACCUACUUGGCGAGGAACUCUACAAAUUACUGGGCGAAUACCUCUCACGUCACCUGAGUGCGGUACACAGGGAAUCCCAGGGUCACACCGAUGAAGCUCUACUAGCAUUCUACAUUCGCGAGUGGACCCGUUACACCACCGCCGCCAAAUACGUGAACCAUCUGUUCAGUUAUCUCAAUCGUCACUGGGUUAAACGCGAGAUUGACGAGGGCAAGAAGAACGUGUAUGAUGUCUACACUCUCCACCUGGUAAAGUGGAAGGACGACUUCUUCGAGAACGUCCAUGGCAAGGUGAUGGACGCCGUGCUGAACUUGGUUGAAAAGCAACGAAAUGGUGAAACUAUCGAGCAGUCUCAAAUCAAGAGCAUCGUUGAUUCUUUUGUAUCUUUGGGCUUGGACGAAAACGAUAGCAAGAAGUCGACAUUGGAGGUUUACCGCCAGUACUUCCAGCGGCCGUUCAUUGUCGCGACCAAGACAUACUACGAAAACGAGUCCCGGCAGUUUGUGGCAGAGAACAGUGUGGUGGAAUACAUGAAGAAGGCAGAGGCUCGACUCGAUGAGGAGAAGGCUCGUGUGGGUCUGUAUCUUCAUCCGGAUGUCACCAAAAGCCUCACGGAUACUUGCUUGGAUGUUCUUGUCACGGCUCACUCCACCCUGCUUCGCGAUGAGUUCCAAGUCUUAUUGGACAAUGAGCGUCAGGAGGACCUUGCGCGCAUGUACCGACUUCUGUCGCGCAUCAAGGAAGGGCUAGAUCCAUUGCGUACCACUUUUGAGAACCAUGUGAGGAGGGCCGGCUUGGCUGCCGUUGAGAAAGUUGCAUCAGAAGGCGAAAACUUCGAGCCCAAGCUGUACGUCGAUGCCUUACUCCAGGUCCACACCCGGUACCAGAACCUUGUCGACGAUGCUUUCAAUGGCGAGUCUGAGUUUGUGCGUUCUCUCGACAAUGCCUGUCGCGAGUUUGUCAACCGCAACCGCAUCUGCAAGACGACCACGACCAAGUCCCCUGAGCUUCUGGCCAAGUAUACCGAUUCCUUGCUCAAAAAGGGCUCUAAAGCUGCUGAAGAGUCCGAACUCGAGGAGAUGCUGGUGCAGAUCAUGACUGUCUUCAAGUACAUUGAGGACAAGGACGUCUUCCAAAAGUUCUACUCAAAGAUGCUUGCGAAGCGACUGGUGCAUGUCAGUUCAGUGUCUGAUGAUGCGGAGACUUCUAUGAUCAGCAAGCUGAAGGAGGCUUGCGGUUUCGAAUACACCAAUAAAUUGCAGCGCAUGUUCCAGGAUAUUCAGAUCUCAAAGGACCUUAACGCCAACUACAAGGACUACCAAGAUAAGGUCCUGGAUGAUGAUGACCGGAAGAGAAUGGUCGAUGCACACUUCCAGAUCCUGGGCACUGGAAUGUGGCCCCUCAACCCACCAACCACAAAUUUCACCGCGCCGCCAGAGAUUAACAAAACCGCCGAACGCUUUCAGAAGUUCUACUUUGACAAGCACAGUGGCCGUAAGCUAACGUGGCUGUGGCAGCUGUGUAAGGGUGAAGUGAAGGCAAACUACAUUAAAAACACCAAGGUGCCAUAUACAUUCCAAGUGUCGACUUUCCAGAUGGGCAUCUUGCUUCUGUUCAAUGAGACCGACACACUGGGGUAUUCUGAUAUCCAGAAGGCCACCAACCUUGCUUCUGAAAUCCUAGACCCCAAUCUUGCCAUCCUCUUGAAGGCGAAGGUGCUGCUGCCAAACCCUGAGGGCGGCAAGCCUGAGCCAUCCACCUCAUUCGGCUUGAACUACAACUUCAAGAACAAGAAGGUCAAGGUCAACCUCAAUAUUCAGAUCAAGUCCGAGCAGAAGGUAGAAUCGGACGAUACACACAAAACGAUAGAAGAGGACCGGAAGCUGUUGCUCCAGUCUGCUAUCGUUCGCAUCAUGAAGUCUCGUAAGAAGAUGAAGCACGUCCAACUCGUGCAGGAAGUCAUCCAGCAGGUCAAGGCCCGCUUCCCGCCCAAGGUCCCCGACAUCAAGAAGAACAUCGAAGCCCUCAUGGAGAAGGACUAUAUCGAGCGUCUAGAUGGGGACGAAAUUGCCUACAUUGCUUAA